AGUGAUCUUCGAUUGGUAUUUCAGAAAAAAGAUUUUACGCCAAAAUUGACAACUCAAGUGAUUGCUAUAAUUCAAUUUCCAGGUCUAGAAUCACUUCCCAUGGAACUUAAAAUGCAAUUGGUUGAAUAUGGAGGAGUUAUCGCCUUUUCUUCUUUACAACAUCGUUAUUUUGAACUUCAAGACGCUUGUUGA